UAAAUAGGAGGUGGAUUCUUCUCCUCGGCUCAUUUCUCCUGAAGGAUGAGAUCCCUGAAACACCUUCGCCAUCACGGGAACAAUGUGGCAAGUGACGAAAAUCAUGAGAGGAAAUGGGUUUCUACGAGCAAAUAUUGUGAAGAGGAGGGCGUACAAAUGGUGCGGACCUACCCAAAGGUGACUGAAGGCCAAAUGGACGUGAGCACACAGACGGAACCUGUGGUGGUUCUCUCUCUAGCUCAGGCAGCCGUUCUCGGACUCAUCUCUCAAAACGAAAUUUUCGGGGCCACGAUUGCUCCGAAUGGCUUUUACAAGGGGGAGUCCAAAGAGGGUCCUCCUCCGCCGGCGGAGGCCAUGGAGUACGAGUACACUGACCAGCUGAUAGGCGCCAACGGGGACUACCUGCCUGAGCCUGCUGGGGAACCGGAGCCUCAUGGUGAGAGGAGACGCGGGAGGACCAAGAGACCCCGGAGCGACGUAGAGAUAGUGGCUUACCCGCCCAAAGCACCAGAGGUGAAAGGUGAACUGACUGAGGCGGAUGCUUGCGUGCACUUGAACAACAAGUGUAGCCCUGCCGAGCAGGAGGAUUCAAUCGCCACCCGACAAGGUUCUCUGAAGGAGGAGCAGCUGUGCAGAAACUGUCCUUCAUGUGUGCGAGGAGCACAGGGAGAAGGAGAAGAGGAGCACUCUGUUAGGAACAGGAAGGAAGAGCCAGAAGAGGAGGCUCUAAAUCUUAAGACCAGUGGGGAAACUGCUGAACCUCCGGAGAACAAAUAUUAUGAACCUAACGAGGCGGCUUAUGAGCCCGCUGACAUGACGCUGCCGAGGGAGUUUGAAGAGAACGGUCAGGCCAUGCUGUGGUCCGACCCGGAGGGGCUCGCCAGGCGAAUGCAAAUCGACCGACUGGACAUCAACGUGCAGAUUGACGAGUCUUACUGCGUAGAUGUGGGGGAGGGUCUAAAACGCUGGAAGUGCCGAAUGUGCGAGAAGUCGUACACGUCUAAAUACAACCUGGUCACGCACAUCCUGGGCCACAACGGAAUUAAGCCACACGAAUGUAUUCACUGCGGGAAGCUCUUCAAGCAGCCCAGCCACCUCCAAACUCACCUGCUGACCCACCAGGGAACUCGGCCCCACAAAUGCACCGUGUGCGAGAAGGCUUUCACGCAGACCAGCCACCUGAAGAGACACAUGCUGCAACACACCGACGUCAAGCCCUACAGCUGCCGCUUCUGCGGCCGCGGCUUCGCCUACCCCAGCGAGCUGAGGACCCAUGAGAGCAAGCACGAGAACGGGCAGUGCCACGUCUGCACGCAGUGUGGCAUGGAGUUCCCCACGUACGCGCACCUCAAGCGUCACCUGAGCAGCCAUCAGGGCCCCACCACGUACCAGUGCACCGAGUGCCACAAAUCCUUCUCUUACCGCAGUCAGCUGCAGAACCACUUGAUGAAGCACCAGAACUUACGGCCUUACGUCUGCCCGGAGUGCGGCAUGGAGUUUGUGCAGAUCCAUCACCUGCGGCAACACGCCCUGACUCACAAGGGCAUGAAAGAGUUCAAGUGUGACGUGUGUGCCAGAGAGUUCACCCUGUCUGCCAACCUAAAGAGACACAUGCUGAUCCAUGCCAGCGUGCGGCCCUUCCAGUGCCACGUCUGCUUCAAGACCUUUGUCCAGAAGCAGACCCUGAAGACGCACAUGAUCGUCCAUUUGCCCGUCAAGCCGUUCAAAUGCAAGGUGUGCGGCAAGUCUUUCAACCGAAUGUACAACCUUCUGGGCCACAUGCACCUCCACGCCGGCAGCAAGCCUUUCAAAUGCCCUUACUGCAGCAGCAAGUUCAAUCUGAAGGGCAACCUUAGCCGACACAUGAAGGUCAAACACGGCGUCACGGACGCCACCACAGAAGCACACGAGCCGCCUCAGGACGCAGAAAGUCAGGAGAACUACGAGGAGGAGAGCUUUGAAUUCAGCCAGCGAGAGAACCGGGCAAUUAACAACAACAACACAAACACAACAGGUGUUGCUAAAGUGUCUCCAAUGGAGUAUUACAGCACCUAUGGGAAGGGAACAGCGCGCUGCAGCACUGCAUGAGUUUGAAUGUUGUUUUUGUUUUUGUUUUUUCAAAGAGCUUGUGUUUGUUCUUCAAGCUAAACUGCACAUUCAAAUGCA